AAGGGCUGUCUGUCAGCUGAGACACUUAGUCUCAGCUUGAACUCGGUGUGUGCAGGACGAGCUCAUCAGGCAAAUGCUUUGAAUAACAGCGCCACAUGACAAAGUGUCAAAUUUUCUUACGCGCAAAUUCCUUUCCGUGGAGUGGGACUGAAUAUACGAAAACGAUCUCUUUGCUUCAAUGUGUGUGACAGAGGAGUCUGGCGUUUUCCAUUGUCAAACACGUACCAGAUGACCAUCCUUGUGUCAACCCUGACUCAGAGCAAAGUGAAGGUAGUUGCAGGUAAAGUGUCUGUUUGUGCUUAUGUUGCUGAGCUUGCCUCUAAAUAUGGCUGAGGUCCCUGGUCCAUGCAGACACUCCAUCACUAGGGAGCACCUGCUUGUAGUCAGGAACCUGAUGGAUAACCAGUUGAGAAGUGGUUGCUCAAUAUCUUACACAUUCAUAGAACGGAGAAGUUUGAGCAAGUGCUGCUUUGUAAAAGCUGCUUUACCAUGGAUCCUGGAGCUCCUCACCACCCACUUCAAAUAUCGUCGGGGUUCAGCCAAUUAUGGCUACGUUAGGUCCCUGAGAGCGCUCAUUCUCAACAUCUAUUCUCAGAAGUGUGUGCCAGAGAUUAAUGAAGAGAUUGAGGAGAAGCCAGAAAGUUUUGAGAUGCUCUACAGAGGGUCUCCCACUGAGGCGCUGCAGAGGGCGUCAGAUGUGCUGUCUAUAUACUUGGAGCUGGUCACGACCAGCAACGCGCCGGUGGACUGGAGGUGCCAGCAUGAAUACACAGAAAUCUUUGGUUCUACCACAGAGCUUUUCACAGAAACACCCACAGAUUUCACAGACAGUUAUGAUAGGAAGUCGGAGAAGGCCUCACAGAGAAGACCAGUCAAAGACCUGUACAAGCUCGGCUUCAUAAUUGCCUCCAUCUGCGGGGGACUACUGUUCAUACUCACUCUCUACUGUCUCAUCACACAAAAGAAAAUCCAUGACCCUCACAGAUCAAGGCACACAAACCAGAGCAGAGACCGGCAGGACAUAGAGAUGGAGCCACAAUAAUGUGACUCAGCGCACAUCGCCGCGGCACCGGACGGAAACACUUGUGAAGCUGUACAUUCAAAUCCAUCACCAACAAGUUCUUUUCAUAUCAAUACUGUGUGUAAUAUAUCAUGCUCACCUAUUUAAUCAGAAGCUUCACUUUGACUCAAAAGCAAAGAUGGACCUUAUUUGGAUUAAUAUGCUAUGUAUAUUAUGAUAAUGUGUUAUCUUUUGCAGAUAUCGUCUCUAGAUCACGGAAAAGUUUUAUUUUUACAUUACUUAUGGAUGUUGGAUAUAAUGUGUAUUUGCUGCCACCUAACCAAAUGUAUGUCAUGUUCCACCAAACAAUUUAUUUAUUAAUCUGACUAUUCAAUGACUGUAUUGAUAUUAAAAUGUGACCAUCAAUACAAAUUAUACAACAUAA